AUGACGCGUGUUUUUUUUUUUCUCUUUGAUCAUUCGACAGAAUCCCUCCUUGUCCGAUAAUGAAUAGAACACACGCACUCGAAUCGGAUUCAACAGAGCCCCCGACUUUUGUUAUAAUAAGUUAGCGUAUCUCUCGCGCACUAACUUCAGGCCUCAUCGAUCAUUCAUGGCAGUCGAGGCAUGCAGCAUAUGUCGUCGAAGAGGGGCAAGAGAGCACGCCGGUCGUCCGCCGGCCAGCCGCUGCCGGACGAAAUGAUGACAGAAAUCGUUCUGCGCCUGCCGGCCUAUUCCAUCGUCCGUUUCCGCGCUGUCUCCCGCUCAUGGGCCGCUAUGCUCUCUUCUCCUGGAUUCCAGGACGGCUACGCGGCCAUGGCAGAUGCCCGUCGCAUGAGCAUGAGCAAGUUCGUCUUCUUUGCGGCGUCGCCGGCGUCGCCCAGAGGCGCCACGGCUGUCUACUCCUGCGACGUCGGCCCAGUCCGGCGCAUCACGACGACGACGACCGACUUGCUCUUCAAUAUCGACCGCCUGCGCCCGGGCUUCCUCGUCGUCUCAAGCAGGCCGUGCCACGGCCUGACGCUCCUGGCUGACACUCGAUCCUUCGCCUACUGGGUGUGCAAUUCCAGCACCGGCGUGUUCAGGCCAUUGCCGCGGCGGCGCUGCCACGAUCUGUCCAGCGCCGGCCUAGCCUUCGACGAUCGGACCAAGGAGCACAAGGUGGUGCAUCUCUUCUGCCAUGUGAGCCGUGGCGGCGAGAGUGAGUCCAUGACCAUGGUUGCGAGGUCUACACGCUCUGCACCCCAAGCCGCCCGUGGAGGCCAGCCUCCGGAGGCAUACCGGGGCGUCUCGGUGGCGUGGUGAUCUGCGCCCUC